UACCGUGCAAUACUGUAGUGACUGUCGGGUUUAUAAUGAAUUUUAUUAAAAUAAUCAGAAAAAUAACCAUUAAGUUGUAAUUUAUCGGUGUUACAUGUAGAAGAGAUGGCAGAAAGUAAAUCUAUUUUACACGAACUCUAUGUGUUUUCCGAAUGGAAACCAGAACCAGAAUAUUUACAAAAAAACGACAGUAUUUUGCCGGAAAAUAUCUCAGCACUUUGGCGAUGGUUUAAAUUUUUUGGUCCUAAGAAAAGUCUUAUUGAUAGUGUUACAGCACAUAAGGAGAAACAGCAGAAGUGGCACAUUGCACUUGGAGAUGAGGGUAAAGUGAUAGCGGUGCUCACUGACAAUAUCUUAGAAAUCAGAACUAAACGGUCAGAAUAUGCGACUAUUGCAGCUAGAACUACAGUGAGUCGUGAUGGAUAUGCACAGUGGCGUAAGUUGGUGUGGAGUCCUGACUGCUCAUUCUUGGUGCUUGCCUAUGGCAAUGGAAUAGUCAGCUUUUUUGACCUCACCGCCUCAAAUCUCUUCAACAUUCCAGCUGAUUGUGCAAGGCCAGGUGGACUGGAGUGCACAGAUAACACUCAUGCAGUAUCUGACAUUAUAUUUAUGCCACUCAGGGUUAAGGAUACUAAAUGGAACUGGGAGGUGCUUGUGGUGACUUUCGACGGUCGAUUGCGUGGCUACGUGGUCUCGCAGACGGAGGGCUUCAAGUUGCGGCACAGUUUCCGUUUCCCCGCGGGUGUCGCCGCGCUGGCAUACUGCCCGCCGCACGACGCUCUGUACGUCGCGGGUGUGCCCAGGAAUACUAAGGAUUCGUCGUCGCCGCUAAGUGCAGGUAUAACGGCGUGGCGCAUCCUGAACGAGGAGCCAUUCUACAAGUUGUCAGUUGUGUCCGACCAGCUUGAAACGCAACUCAACAAUGAAAGGUUCAACCUCUACAUACCUUUCAUCACCUCUAAGAAUAUGAACUUCAUAGUGCGCAUGGAGGUAUCUGGGGAUAGCAGUAAGGUGGUUUGCGUUCACUGCAAUGGUGAGGUGUCGGUGUGGCGACUGCCGCUGCUGCGCUUGCUGCACCGCUGGCCGCUGGCCCGCCAGCCCUCACACCACCUGCGCAGCCCCCUGCACCCCCCGCACCCCCCGCACACACUCGCACGCAAUAAGCACAGCGACCCCGCGCUCUACUACCCCGCAGAUGUCAACUGGUGGACCAAUGAGGAGAUAAUAUUGUCGCGGUUCAGCGGCGCGGUGAGCGUCUGCGGUAUACAGGACAUGGAGAACAUCCUCGGCAACCAGCCCGAGUUCUUCCAGGGCACGCCGCAGGUGACACGCGCCCACGAAGGCGCAUUCAUGGUGCUGGAGUGCGAGUCCAAUGUGUUGCCUGCCAAGAAGUCCACCAGCGAUGAAACUAUGGAGGUUGUCAAAGUGGAAGAGGAUGUGGACGACUCAAUGCUGGAGCUGACUAAGGAGUUGUUCAAGACGGUGCUAUUCGCCAUCACCGACAUGGAGACCUUCCAACCCAAACCCAAGAAGAUCACAGUUGUGUCCCGAGUGUACAGGCUACUGGGAGUCAAGAGUACCACACCAACUGAACUGUUUUCCAGAAAGAUCGAGAGUGGAAAUUAUUCGGAUGCGCUGUCUCUGGCGGAGCAGUUCGGACUGGACAGCGACCUCGUGUACCAGCAGCAGUGGAGGAAGAACCCCGUCUCUACUGACGCCAUCAACAACUAUCUGAGCAAAGUGUCAAAGAAGAUCUGGGCGGUGCACCAGUGUGUGGACCGGCUGCCGGAGACGUUGCCCGCCGCCCACGACCUGUUGCACUUCGGGCUGCAGCUCACCAACGAGAGGAUACUCGAUGAAAUCAAUAAAGAGCGUGGUGAAGAUAAGUUAAAGGACCCGGAGGACAUUACGCUGGAGGACCUGAACGCGUACACGAGUGAAAUGCUGCGUUGCCGACACGUCAUGCUCUUCUACAAGGAGAGGCUGCGUCUGUACGAGUCAAUAUUAAAAUGUGAGAAGUCAACUUACAACAAAGAGGAGUACGACUGCCUUCGCAGCAACAGUAUAGUGCACAGCGCGGUCGAGAUAGCUAAAGAAGGCCGCAUCGAAGCCCUGACCUGCCUCUGGCCGCACAUCCGCACCGUACAAAUGCAGCUGACGGUGCUCGACAACCUGCCCGAGACCAUCAACCCUCUCGACUUCCAGCACAUCUUACCCACCACGCACCCCCUACAGUUGUUCGAACAUAGACCCCCAGUCAAAGUUGAACCACUCGAGAUUGAGAAGGAUUGGUGCAGGAAACAGAUCUUCAGAUCAAUCUGGAGCUCCAACUGGUCGGAGGACACAACUCCUGAGACGGAGUCAGCAAGCGAGGAGUUCGUUGACUACGGGGUGUGGUACGAACGUCGAGCACGCGAUAUAGAAGCACGCAGCGGACUCGCCUCGCACGCACUAGCACUAGUCACACUCGCGGCCAUCGGCGGUGGAGUCAAGGGCCUCGACAAUAUACUCUUCCAUCUCCUGACCCUCAGCACUCUGCUCUACGACAUCAAUGUGGAAGGGGUCACGCUCAGUGACCUUGAGAAGAUGUCCCCGCUUGAGACUUGCAAGAUGCUCAUGAAAAUGUCGACGCCGGAGAACUUCGUGGCGGAUGUGAAGCAAUUCGUGGUGCCGUUUUUGAAGCGGUACGAGAACCUGACGCAGCGCGCCGGCACCUGCCUCGGCGGCAUCAUCGACUUCUUGGAGAGCGUCAGCAUUGACGACCUCUCAUAUAUACUGCUCGUGCUGCAGUCCCCUAAAGAGUUCGAGCUGGAUGUACGCACUCACAUCGAGCUGGCGGAACGCUGUCUGUUCGCGCACAACGGCACCGACCAACUCGACAUGGCCGUAGACCUCCUCAAUAACAUCCUCAAGGAGACUGACGGCACGAUCAGCAGCAGCGAGCUGGUGCGGCGCGUGUCGGCUCUGGAGCGGCUGGUGGGCGGGGCGACGCGCGCAGCUUGGCGCGGCGUGCGCGUGCCACUGCGUGAUCUGCGCGACAUGCUCGGAGAUGCGCGCGCAGCGCAAAGACUGCUGGCGAGACUAGCGCGCACUCUGCCGCAAGGAGAAGAGAAACCAACGCCGCAAGACUGGGAAUCUCUCCUCAAAGAUAUUCUGGAACUUCAAGCAACGUUGUUUGACUGUGUUACCAAGGAGCAGUGCUAUGAGAUAUACUCUUCCGCGCUGCUGGCGUCAGGUGAGGCGGCAAGUGUUCGUCUCGCGGCGUCUGCCCUGACGUGUGCGCGUGCGCAGCCCCGCCCUCCGCCCGCACUGCCCUACGCGCGCUCCGUACAGCUCGUGCUAGACUCAUCCAAAGAGUACUUCAACUCAGCAUCCUCUCUCACUGAUCCAGCUUUGGAGCUAGCGAAAUGCUGCCUAUCAUUGAUAGAAGACGAAAAUGAAGAUAUAAAGAAAGAGAUAGAUCUCAUCAGUGCACUCAGUCUAUUGAGCAGUUUUGGACUAACGAUCCUUCCUAUACAAGUUCGUCUCUGUGAAGACAGAAUGUUGUUGAUAAAGGAAUGUCUGACUCUAAACCGUAACGCCUUCCUCGCCAGUCACAAGUUGCUCGAUUUAGCUAAACUGCUCAGAAUUGCCGGAGAUGAUGAGAUUGCACGCGAGGGUCUGGUGCUGCAGCUGGUGGGUGAGCAGGCGCUAGGUGCUGGUGGUGCAGGUGGUGCGGCGUGUGCGGCUGCGGCACGACGGUUGGCCGCACUGCGGUACGCGCCAGCCGCACCAUUGCUGGCCGAUGCCGCAAAGCGCGUGCACGCACACGCAGACCUAGACGAGCGUCGCGCUCUGCUAGCAGCCGCCGCAGCACACGCAGCACCCUCGGACCUCGAGACAGUACUUUGUGACCGUUUGAAUCUGGAAAUAGAAAACCUGCAGCAGACCGGCGUCGGCCUGGCGGACCAGAUGAAGCUGGCUACUCGUCGCCAAUCCGCAGAUGAAGAGUUUGCCGACGCUGUCACCACUCCAAUCAUCGAAAAGAAAGAUCUCGUGCCUCAAAAAGUCCCAAUAUUUAAUUACCUUAUUGAAACAUUCCGUGAUAAAUUAAACUUAAGUGACAACAAAGAGUCAUCUGAAGAGGUAAUAGAGCGUAGCGUACAUUGUCCGGAGUUCUACCGCUGCUUGUACCCGGAGCACGGCGUCUGCAGCACACAGUACGGCUACGAGCGGUUCUCCUUACCCACGCCCCCCGCCAGCCUCGGCCGCACUCUGCUCGCCUGGUACUACACGCACUCAGCACUGCACGACAACGCCAAUCUACAGCUUGAGGCUGACGUGCUGGAGAAAUGUGGCGAGGAGAUGUUAUACAAGGACACUCCGCUGAGCGUGGCGUGCCUGGUGCGCGCGGCAGGUGGUGCGGGGCGACUGGCGCGCGCGCAUCACACACCAGCCGCCGCCAGUGCCGCGCUCUAUGCCACGCUGCUGCAAUGCAACUCAUCGGAACUCAAGGACAAUGUCUAUCUUGCUCAACCUAAACAGAUGGCUCGCAGCACAUUAAAGGAGAGGAAUGCCACGGAGGAGCAGCUGGCCACCAUCAGGUCAUGCCUGGAGCAGCUAGCCGGUGUGCUGGAUGUGCAGCGUAUGCGCGACUUCGGAGUUAACGUUAACGGACUGCUGUUUGGCGCGGAUCCCGACUAUAGGCGGGAAAUUAUUUACAGGCUCGCUAGGAGUACAGAGGAGGCGCAGGUGCGGCUGGCGUGUGCGCUGGCACGCCGACACGCACUCGACGAGUUGGACGUAUGGCUGACACACGCUGCGCAUGCGCGCGCCGACACACGCCUCAUCAACCUCAUGCCUGACAACCAGCCUGAUGCACACACACGUAUAAAAGAAGCGCUAUGGGAGGUGUGUGAGGGCUCAGAGCACAGCGAGCUGCUGGCUAUACUGGGUCUGCUGCAGCGUGUGGACGACCGCCCUCACAUACACGGUCUCACCGCACAGGAGCACAUCAAACUGAUCAAGAAAGCCAAGGCCGCCUCAUCAGAGCUGGACUACAAGUUACUGCUGAGGCAGCCGUCUGCGCAGGAGUUGACAGAUCACCUGCUGGGCAUCUUGCGGCCGGAGAACGUGGGCAUGGUGGGCAAGUUCUUGCGCACAUUGCCGCCCGCCAUCAAACUGCCUCUCUCCGUCAACUCACUCUAUACCACCUGGCUCACUAAACACUUCUUUAGUGUAGGUGCUAACGCGAGCAGCAAGAAGUGGAUGCAGCAGUACCGGCAAUGUUCCAGCUACUUCAACAAGCUGGCCAAAGACGACCUGCUGAGAUUCCUCAACGACACCUGCUUCAGCUCAGACGCCGUUAAACGUGUACCUGCAGGAACUAGAAAUUUAAUGCUAAUGCAAGCUGUGGACUACUGCCAACAGGAGCAGGAAAACGACUACAAGUUUAGUAAGAACGAGCAGUCAUGGUGCCAGGUGGGGGAGGAGGUGACGAGAUGGGCGCGCUUCCUGGACAACUACCACUCUGCAGCUGUACAGGCGCUGCGCCAAGCCAGCGAUAUACCUGAAGACCAUGGCUGGACUGAGCUGGAGAUGAGUCACGGGGAGAUGGAGAGUGCGGCGUGCGCGCUGAGCUCGCUGGUGGCGGGCGGAGUGCGCUCAGCCUCACUCCUCUCACUGCUGCACUGUCUGCAUCUCGACCUCACACCGCAUCAAGUCUGCAACCACAUGAUCUCACACCAUACUGACGACCUACAAUCAAUUGAGGUGUUAGUGAACCGAGUGUGCCAGUACCAUAAGGAGGGGGUGAAGUUCCCUGAGGAAGUGGUGAGUGAGCUGGUGCGACGUGCGGAGGCGCUGCAGCUGCCGCCCCACAGACAGCUGGGCCUGCUGGCGCUGGGCCGGCGCACGCGCACACCGCAUCUUGCGCACCUCGCUCACUCCACCGCUGCGCUGCUGCGCAAUGAGUGGCCAGAUCAAGAAUACGCACAACAACUUACAGAUGAUCAGUUGCUGUCGGAGGAAGGUCGUCGUGAUGUGUUCAGCAAGUUCAUGUCGCUGUCUGAUUCGUGGCAGAAGAAGAAGGCACUCGUCGAUGUCCUCAACUGCUGGCCUCCAACCAAAGAACAAGACGGCAGGAGCUUGCACUGCGAGUACGUGAACGCGCUACUGAACUCCACGGACCAGGUUGAAGCGCUCGUACUCAUCAAAUUGCUGCUGCGAGAGCCUAUACUGGACGACGAGGAGGUGCAGUGGUUGUGCGAGAGUGCACCAGAAAAUGGCGCGCUAUGCGGCAUUUGGCUCGCGCUGCUCAAUCGUUGUGAACACACACCGCGCCUCGUGUUGUUGCUACUGGACCGGCACAAGGAAUGGGUGAAAAAACAAGAAAUAGAAGAUGAUCUCAUGGAGGAAUUACUCGACAAUGAUAUGUUCAUUCCACUCGUACCCACUGUUCUGUACACCCACAUCAUCAACUAUAUAAUCAACAAGGACGCAACCAAAGAUGAACUUAACACAUACACAGUUAGCUGGGCGAUAGAUCAACUGAAGAAAGCCAACUACAUCGCUGAAGCUGGGCAACUGCAGCUAUUACACAUCGGAGUGCCCGCGCCUCUUAGAGGUUUCACACAAUCUGUGCUAUAUUUUAAGAAUAUUCUUAAUCAGUAA